AUGGACCGGGCAGCAAAUGUGGUGCAGUACAUUGGGGAGACCUGCCGCUACCUGCUGAAGCAGCCCGUGCGGGAGGCAGAGCAGCGGCACCGUGUGCGCCUGGCCGUGGGCAACGGGCUGCGGCCGGCCAUCUGGGAGGAGUUCACGCGGCGCUUUGGUGUGCGUCAGAUCGGCGAGUUCUACGGGGCCACUGAGUGCAACUGCAGCAUCGCCAACCUGGACGGCAAGGUCGGCUCCUGUGGCUUCAACAGCCGCAUCCUGCCCCACGUGUACCCCAUCCAGCUGGUGAAGGUCAAUGAGGACACCAUGGAGCUGCUGCGGGACACCCAGGGCCUCUGUAUCCCAUGCCAAGCCGGAGAGCCUGGCCUCCUCGUGGGUCAGAUCAACCAACAGGACCCGUUGCGCCGCUUUGAUGGCUACAUCAGUGAGAGUGCCACUAGCAAGAAGAUCGCCCACAGUGUCUUCCGCAAGGGUGACAGCGCCUACCUCUCAGGUGAUGUGCUGGUGAUGGACGAACUGGGCUACAUGUACUUCCGGGACCGCAGUGGGGACACCUUCCGCUGGCGAGGGGAGAAUGUUUCUACCACCGAGGUGGAGGGCGUGCUGAGCCGCCUGCUGGGCCAGACAGAUGUGGCUGUGUACGGGGUAGCCGUGCCAGGGGUAGAGGGCAAAGCAGGCAUGGCAGCCAUCGCAGACCCCCACAGCCAACUGAACCCUAAUGCAAUGUACCAGGAGCUGCAGAAGGCCCUGGCACCCUAUGCCCGGCCCAUCUUCCUGCGCCUCCUGCCCCAGGUGGACACCACAGGCACCUUCAAGAUCCAGAAGACAAGGCUGCAGCGUGAGGGGUUUGACCCACGCCAGACCACAGACCAGCUCUUCUUCCUGGACCUGAAGCAGGGCCACUACCUGCCCCUGGAUGAGGGUGUCUACACCCGCAUCUGCUCGGGUGCCUUCGCCCUCUGAGGCUUCUCCCUGCUGGCCAGAGACUCCCAACUGGGGCCAGGAGGUGGGGCGGGUUUGAGCCACAGCCCUGCCCCGUGGGCUGCUGCCUCCCGCCUGCCAGCCUACUUGGCUGAGCUGCACCUGGCGGGGCUGGAGCGAGAACUGGAACUUUGGAGGAGCCUGCGUCUCCCUCCUGUCUUCAGGCCCCCCUGUCUGCAUCUUCCUGUCCCCUCCCUGCUUCUCGGCCUCCAUGUCGCUUCCAGUCCUUCCACGUCCCUGUUUGGCCUCAUCUCUUUCCUCUCUCUUCUUCAUCUCUCCUCCACUCUCCUGCCAAGAGCAGAGCUGCAUCCUGUGCAGGGCCCCGCUGUCCUUGGGACCUCUGUGGGUCGUCCCUGCUGGGCGCUGGAUCCAGAAUGGGGCCUCCCCACCUCCCUCUUGGCUGUGCCUUAAGGAGCCCCAGUUCAGGCCUCCCUUGGCUGCUGGGCUGCAGACAUGGCAGCCCCGUGGGGACACCAAGCAGGCCCUCCACCCUCCCUGCUGAAUGGAGGAGCCGGCAGUGGUCUGCCCAGCCCAGCCUGGGUGUGGGGGGACAUUGGCAAGGGUUCCCCAGGUCAACUGGAAACAUAACCCGGGCUGGGCCAACAGCCUUUGGCACGUCCUGGUCCCUGAUGCCCUGAAGACCCAUCUUCCCUUCUUGAUGCCCUGGAAGCUUCCAGGAUUGACUGUGACCAUUUGGAUGUCACCAUUGCCUGCCCCACUUAGAUGUCCCUUAUCAAGUGUCUCCACAGAGCUCCUGCUGGGGGAGCCCUGAAGACUGUGCUGGGUGGCUGCCCGGCCAACUGCUUCCUGUCCUUGGCAGAGCCUCUUGGUGUCCCCAUCUGGCAUGGCUGCUGGAGGGACCCAUGGGGGUGGCAGCAUGGGGUUGGAGGAGGUCUCCUGCCCCAGGUUGGCAUCUGAGAUGGCCUCUUAGGCCUCAGGGGUUCUGGCCUGUUGGAUGUCCCCCCAGUGGUGACUCCUUAGAUGUCCCCACUGGUCUUGCAGACCAUCAGUUGGUGGUGACAUCCUGGUCAGUCCUGGUGGGACGGCUCAGACAUGUCAGUGGCUCAUCUUGGACCCCUGUGCCAGCCUUGUUGGGGCUGGCCACCCAGACACCUGUCCAUCCGUCCUCCCUCAAUCGGUGGGGCCAGUGGUGAGCAACCUUUGCUGUCUCACAUGGACUUUUCCAAGCACCAAGGCUUUGUUUCCUCUUUGAUUUUAAAAAAUAAACCUGCGAGCUUCUGA